AUGGUCGAUAUCAAUUUAAAAGAGUAUAUACCUACGAUACGCACCAUACUAGAAGAGUCGGACCUCAAUGUUAUCACAGCCAAAGAUGUCAGAGUGAAACUGGAAGAACAGUACAAAGUUGAUCUAACAUCGCGAAAACUCGAAGUACAAAAGAUCACUGAGGAGUUUGAAGAUACGAAAGUAAAAAUUGAAGAUACGAAGGAAAUUAAUGGCGAGCGGACCAAAAAAGCGUCAUCACAAAAGACAUCUAAAAAGACUGGAAAAACAAAAGGGCGACCACCGAAAUCGAAACAAGUAAACAAUAUUGUCACUCCCACUACCACUAAUAAUGGAACGGAUACUUCGUCAAUAGACGAUGAUCGUCAUUCGGACUUCAAUAUGGCAAAUAAUAAUAAAAAGAAACGAGGUCGAAAACCAAAAAAUCCCAUCAAAAGUGCCCUCAAUGCGUCUGAUGAUGAAACUAACAACAAUGGUACUCCUAAUGGCAAAAAAUCAUCGAAAUCAAAAAACGGAGAUAUACCCAAGAAAAAGAAAUUUUCAAACAAAAGAAAAAAGACUGAAGAAUUGGAAGAUAAUGAUGGAGAGGCACCACCAAAAAAACGAAAGGGCAACACGGGAAUACAUAAGCCAUUGUUACUGAGUCCGGUAUUAUCGGCAUUUCUUGGCCAAGAGGAGCUUUCUAGGCUCGAAGUAGUUAAACGUCUUUGGACCUAUAUUAAAGAGAACAAUCUUCAAGAUCCCAAGGACAAACGAUAUAUUAUAUGCGAUGAGAAGUUGAUGCAUAUAUUUGGCAAGGAUCGAAUGCACAGUUUUACAAUGAACAAGUAUCUCACUGUUCACUUAAAGAAAAAAGAUGAUACUUCUGGAUUUCCGCCUAGCGUUAAUGAUCAAGGCAAUUCGAGUAUAGCAGGUGGCGAUGAAGAACAUGAAGAGUUUAGUGGUGACCAAGCUGACGACACAAAAAUGGAAGAUCUACUUGAUUCGCUGCUUAGUCAAGCAGACGAGACAAAAACUGAUUACCUUUUUGGAGAUGACGAUAAUGAUAAUGGAUGGGGUGAGGCGACACAUAAUGAUGAAGAGUCGGAAGAAGAACAACCAGCGUCAUCCAUGAAAGUCGAGUCAUCCGAAGAAUAA